AUGGCGCUUAAGGUUCCAGCUCCAAAAGCUGCUGAGAUUGCGAUUGCAUCAAUUGGGCAUGGAUAUGAUAUAUCCAUCGAUUUAAGGCUCAAGUACUGCAAAGGAGAGUCGUACACUUCUCGAUUGAUUGAAAUCGAUGACGAUGGGGGUCGUGAGAUUGUUCUUCCAGGUGGGAUUACAAUCCCCAAUGUUCCCAAAUCGAUAAAAUGCGAUAAAGGAGAGCGCACACGCUUCAGGUCCGAUGUUCUCUCUUUCCAACAGAUGUCAGAGCAGUUCAACCAGGAAAUUUCAUUGACUGGAAAAAUACCCUCAGGUCUUUUCAAUUCUAUGUUUGAAUUCUCAGGCUGUUGGCAGAAAGAUGCAGCUAACACUAAGACCCUUGCUUUUGAUGGGGUGUUCAUCACUCUCUAUACCGUUGCACUCGAAAAAUCUCAGAUGGUACUGCUUGAUAACGUUAAAAAAGCAGUCCCAUCAUCAUGGGAACCUGCUGCAUUAGCAAGGUUUAUAGAGACAUUUGGAACCCAUAUUGUUGUUGGUGUGAAGAUGGGAGGGAAGGAUGUUAUAUAUAUGAAGCAGCAGCAUUCUUCAACUCUUCAACCAGCCGAUAUACAGAAAAAAUUAAAGGAUAUGGCAGAUAAAAGGUUUUUAGAUGCAAAUGGUCAGUAUGGUAUGCCUUCGGAACAAGUUUACAAGAAUGACAAGUUCGAAAUCAGGGAGCAGAGGUUGCGCUUUGCAGAUACUAGUCCAUCAAGUUCUUAUUCACGCAAGGAAGAUAUUGUAAGCAUUUGCAAGAGGAGAGGUGGAAGUGAUACGAGAAAUCUAUCCCAUAAUGAAUGGUUACAAACUGUUCAGUUUGAACCUGAUGUAAUUGCGAUGUCAUUUAUACCAAUUACCUCUCUGCUGAAUGGAGUUCCAGGGAGUGGAUUCUUGAGCCAUGCCAUAAAUCUUUAUUUACGAUAUAAACCACCAAUUGAAGAGCUCCAUCAGUUUUUGGAAUUCCAGCUGCCAAGGCAGUGGGCACCAGUUUUUAGUGAACUUCCUCUUGGUCCACAGCGGAAACAACAAAGCAAUGCAUCCCUACAGUUUAGCUUAAUGGGGCCCAAACUUUACGUUAACACCAGUCUGGUUGACGUAGGAAAGAGGCCAGUGACUGGUCUGCGGCUGUACCUAGAAGGCAAAAGAAGCAACCGUUUGGCCAUCCACUUACAACACCUAUCCUCUCUUCCAAAAAUCUUCCAACUCGAAGAUGAUCCAAAUGGAAACUUCCGUCGUGAUUCCUAUGAUCGUAAAUACUAUGAGAAAGUCCAAUGGAAGAACUUCUCUCAUGUCUGCACUGCGCCUGUGGAGUCUGAUGAGGAUCUUUCAAUAGUAACCGGAGCCCAGUUACAGGUUGAGAAUUAUGGAAUAAAGAAUAUCCUCUUCUUGAGACUCCGGUUUUCUACUGUUUUCGGGGCUACGGUUGUAAAGCAUCCUGAAUGGGAUGGAUCACCAGGUUUGGCACAUAAAUCUGGACUCAUAUCAACACUAAUCAGCCAUCAUUUUACAACAGUUCAGAAGCCACCUCCGCGGCCAGCAGAUGUGAACAUAAAUUCUGCUGUUUACCCUGGGGGUCCUCCGGUUCCCAUCCAAGCUCCAAAGCUUCGGAAAUUUGUUGAUACAACAGAGAUGACAAGAGGGCCACAAGAGACUCCAGGUUAUUGGAUUGUCUCUGGGGCAAGGCUAGUGGUUGAGAAGGGCAGGAUUUCACUUCGUGUGAAGUAUUCUUUAUUGACUGUGAUAUUACCUGAUGAAGAGUUGGAGGGACAUUAG